GGGGACGGUGUAGAGGAAGCUUCACUCCUGCAGAUAUCCAGCAGAGUCUCUCCCUCUCUGUCUCUGAAACUCUCUCGCUCUCCCUGCUCACCACCCCCCAGUUUGUUGCCGUGAUUUAUUCAGGAAUGUUUUGGCACACAGCCCUGUUGGUCUGUUGUAAAACCUCUGCCCUUUGGAACAUUGCACCGUUACAGAGAUUCACAGUGAGAAUCUUCAUCUCCCAGCUCCUUGCUCAACAGUUCCAGGCCUGAGGGAUGGAGAUGGAGUUACACUCUGGCCUGCAGGACUGUGUGCUGACCAGGCCUCAGGUUAAACUGGUCCAGGACGUGGCGUUCCCAGACUGGGUCGCAGACAACUGGAGCCUCCUGGAGUCUUUCCAAGCGAAGGCCGGGGAUCUACUCAUCGCAACCUACCCCAAAGCAGGGACGACCUGGAUGCAAGAAAUUGUUGAUCUCAUUAACCACGAUGGAGAUGGGGACAUGUGUAAACGGGGUCCCGUCCACGAUCGCAUCCCCUUCCUGGAAUUUUUCCCUGGUCAGCACAACAUUCCAAGCGGUGAGUUUUCCUGGGGCUCGUGGUACGACCAUGCGAAGGGCUGGUGGGAAGCGAAGGAGAAACAUCCGAUUCUGUUCCUCCUUUAUGAAGACAUGAAGGAGAACCCCAGGCGGGAGAUCCAGAAGGUGGCCCGGUUCAUGGGGAAGGUUCUGGAAGACGACGUCCUUGAGAAGAUUGUCCAUCUCUCCUCCUUCCAGGUGAUGAGGGACAACCCAAUGGCCAAUUACACCACGUUGCCGAGCAUGAACCAAUCCAUCUCCAGGUUCAUGAGAAAAGGUGAGGUUGGAGACUGGAAGAACCAUUUCACGGUGGCUGAGAACGAACAUUUUGAUGAACAUUACGAGAGACAGAUGGCUUCGUGCUCCAUAGCGUUUCGCCAGGUCCUGUAACCAGGGCGAGAGAAGUCGAACGAUCUCAGAAUAAAAUUCCUAAUGAGCCUC